AUGACGUUACGAAACACAUCUGGCAAAUUCUCUUUAUCCAACUUCGGACGUAAAGUCUCUGGGGCUGUCGAACCCAACUCACCGACACGUACAUCGAACCAUAACCAGCAUGCUAGUGGAUACACAGAUGAUGAGUCGCCCUCUAGAGAGACUCACGGUGGUAGUGGGAAUGGAGCAGGGUUUGAUGGGCUAGGCAAAAAGUUGAAAGGAACGUUGGCGCAUCAGAGUAUAUUACCUGGUUUAGGUAACAAGGAUAUGAGAGCUUUACAAGAUAUAAUAACGACCGAGAAAGGUGUCAUGCAAAUGGCCGAGAAGUUAGCUGUUGAAACACAACGGGCAUCAACUGCAUUACCACCCUAUGGUGUACAAGAAGGACCCGAUCUUCAAGAUAUCUUAACCCAAUCAUCCAAUUUAUUAGGGCAACUUACGACCGCUCUCAAUAUAUUUGCCAGCCAUCAAUCAAAUAUGCGAAGCUGCCUGAAAAGGAUCAGAGAAAGAGAAGAACAGUUGAUGGACCUGAGAUCAAGAAGGAGAAAUACAGGAUCGAAAGCUGAUCAAGCGGAGAGGAAAUUAGCUAAAAUGGGUCCAGAGAAUAAACAACUACCUCAACAAACUGAAUUGUUAGAAAAGUUGAGAUUGGAUAUGAGGAAUAUGGAUCAGGAUAUUGUUACGGAGGAGACCAAGAUUGGAGAUUUCAAGAGACAGGUAAUCAAAGAGGCUCUUUCACUCAAGUUUGGAGGUCUGGAAGAACUCGGUGAGAAAAUGUGUAUCAUCGGUGAAUUAGGUAAAUUGCUGUUGGAAGAAGUACCACUGGAAGAGACUCCUGUCGGAUAUGGAAGAGCACCUUAUACAGGAUACGAGAAGACUGAAAAUGCUGUCAACGAAGCGACUCGAUGUCUUUCAACUGUUCAGUUCCAUGCUGCUAACAGCGCGCCUAAACCACCUGGAUUACCUGAUCCACCUUUCGGUCAAGCAUUACGUCCACCUUCCUUGCCUAGAGAACGAGAGGAACCCAAUGUCGCUGCUGCUGAAGAAUUCGCAAAUUAUCCCGGAAACGUCGCUUCGCCUGACCACAAAGGCAAAGGACGGGAAUUCUCGUUAGAUACGGCUGAUCCUUAUGGUGGAAUCUCUGCCAACCCUUACGAUCCAGCUCAUACCACUCACGCACCUCAAUCUCACAUCUAUAGUGAAUUCGGUGGACAUAGAAGAGAAACUGGCGAAGUCAUGUUCAACCAUGAUGACCAUCACCCUGAUCCGGCACCACAACUGCCUCCUAUUGGUCUUGGCGGACCAUCAGGAUCCGCUCAACCUCAUACGCCUAUAGAAGAUACUCAACCGGAGCACGGGUACGAGUAUGAGCAACAAAAAGCGAUGGACGCCGACGAGGCUUGGAAGAAAUUGGAAAGGGAAGAACAAGCUUGGAAGGAAGCUGCCGAGAAAGAAGAGUUGGAACAAGAACAACAUGACACGUCCGGUGUAGGAUUACCGAACCCUUAUUCGAGUGAAGAAAAGGGACCUGAAGGAACGUUGAAAAGCCCCUGGGAACCAUUGAACGUGAAAAGAGGAAAUACGCCUGAGCCUUAUCCUCCUGCUUCCCAAGCACCAGCACCAGCACCAGCUGCAACUGCGGCACCAGGUUUAGGUCAACCCCUCAAUAUUCCGCCACCACCCGUUAUCACCAACAACGAGGUUGUCAAGUCACCUACGACGUUGGAUAUCCCACCAUUACCUCGACCAUCAUUCACUCCCGCUGGUAGCGAGUUCUAUACCCCAGCAGAAGUUCUUGACCGAGACCCCUUGGCUUCUCCAUCACUCCCAUCAGCGAAUGGAAGUGUCGGUGGGAAGAUCUCCGCAGCAGCGUUCAGGAAGGGAACUAAGCCUCGUGGAAGUUUGGAACCGGAUGAUGAGAGUGAUUCCACGUCGAAAAUGAUUAGAAGAUUACCUGUCCCACCUACAAACGCUGCCAGUAUCGCUUUGCCUGCUAGUCCCGCGCCCGGGAAGGAGAACCCUUAUGAUACAGGUAGAUUCGACGAUGCCGGUCAAAUUCAAGGCAGAACACCUCAUAGUCCCCCUCCGGGAUAUCAACCUGAAGAUAGUCUGAGGUGA